AUGGUUGCGUUGCGGAUAAAAUCACCCGAAAUGUUUAUUUUAAAUAACACGCGUUGUGUUUUUCCUUCAGACCAGACGAGAGACCAUUAUUAUCAAGGGUAACACAGUUCCAUGCGUUCAUUCUUUUCAAAUGACCUUCGGCUACUAAAUCUCCAAAGGCGAACACUGAUGGCGGGUAAGCAAGAUGAUUUAAGUGGUUGUACGUUUGAAGUUCAUGGUAAAGUUCAAGGUGUAUUUUUUAGAAAGUAUGCGGCUGAAUUCGCUAAGGUAAAUGGCCUUGUCGGCUGGAUUAUGAAUACUGAAAGUGGUACUGUGGUAGGUGAAUUCGAAGGCCCAAGUGUAAGUGUUGAUGCAUUUAAACAUUGGCUUCGCAACAUUGGAAGUCCUAAGUCGCAAAUUGACAGGUGCCAGUUCAAGAACGAAAGAAGGAUAUCUCAGUUACAUUUCGAAAAUUUUAAUAUACGUCGCUAGUCCAAACAUACUCUUUGGUUCUUUUAAAUCCAAUAAACAGCAACAUAUAACCGUCCGCUAGUGAACAACAACUGGACGUGCGUACAAAUUGUGAUGUAUUUAAUUGGCGAGACUAUAAAUUAUAGUCUCACUAUCAAUCUUUUGAAUAAAAAGAAAGUUUGUAUACGAUAUGGAUGACUGAGAAACUUUAGAACUUUGGACAACAACUUAGCGCAGUAAGCGCUUCCUCAUAAUCGUAGUUCACUGAUAAAGGGACAAGAAAAAGAACGUAGACCAAUUGGAAUGAUUAUCAGAAAAGCUUAUAUCAAUAAAGGCGAUGAUUAGAAGAGGGAAUGAAGUUUUUCGAGGGUUUAAAGUUUAAUUGCUUUGCGGUCCUGAAGCAACCAAUAAGGGGGAAAAAUGCUAGCCCGAGGGAAAUAAGAGACGGCCUGCUCAUUUAUGCAUCAUUAUUUUAGCACAUGGACAAGUUCAUAUACGUCGGUGUUCUGAUUGGCGGUUUUGUCACGUGAUAGUUGACAGGGGCAUAAGUUAUGACAAUACUAAUCAUAUGUUUGACAUAUCUAUAUUUUCGUUCAUAAUUAGGGAAGUUAUUAGGUGCUGUUACUGGUAUUUUAUUAAGCAUGAAUCAAUGAUUGGUCGUUUUGCGAAUAUUCAUAGCAUACAUAAGAAACCUCUUAGUUUGUAUUAACAUGUAGCCAGCCGUUAAACGUUAUAAUGAAAAGUUAGGAUCACCAGACAAACCAUUGCCUUAUCGUAUUUAAGUACAAAAAUCUCAACAUUAUGGUUUGCCCUCAUAAUAUCGUAGUUUCUAAUCCGGAAUUCGUUUAAAAAGUAUAUAGAUCAGUAUUUUAAAUCACAUAUGUUUCUGAGUGCCCAAUGUGCGUGGAAGAUGCAAUUUACGGUGCGAAUGGAUUGUAUGUUCAUCAAAGGGAAUUCUAAUCAACAAAGUGGAAAGACAUUUUUUGGACCUCACUACUGUGGAACCCCAUUAUUAAGCAGAUCAACUGGCUUUGUUGUUCAAAAUAGAUGUAUGAAACAACACGAUUGGAGUAGUAAUAAGAAAAUUGUUAUGGAAUUUGAGAGGUUACAGUGUUUGGUGAACGUUUAAAGCACUACUUUCUUGAUUAGUCGUGAAAGCAAACGUAUAAACAGUAAAUUGAUCAAAUUUCAAACCCCUAUCCCCCCUUUGCUGCUCGCUCUUUUAAUAUUGAUUUAUCCGUUGAUCGUUAUUAUUGUAACCUCUUCUGGUAGUUACUCUUAUUCUUGUGCACACUUUUGAUCGUGUCUUUAUGAAUGGAUAUCGACCGUUAUACUAAAUAACAUGUUUCCUAGUCUCAAAGCGAUAUACAUAUCCCGGAAUGAUCUAAAGUAUGGCUCAUGAAACUCGUUACUCUGUGAUGAUACUUCCAAAUGAUCUUAUCACUGCUUACAACUAAAGUGGACUAUUCUUGUACCUAAGUCUUGCAAAUAGUAUGUAAGAGGUACAAGCGAGCUACCGCUUACCAAUUCAACUAGUAUGCAACUCACGAAAAGAAAGGACUGUUUUAAAAAGCUCACAUGUAAAUGAAGUGGGUGCUGGUUAUGCCAUUCAGGAUGAUAAUGAAAGCUUUGGAACUAAAUUGUCCAGCUUGAGAAACAACACCAAAAGCAUCUAACUUGGCUGUGAACCAUCGUUCCAAUAUGAAAUAAUUGGUUUGUGUAAAAGUUACAGUUCGUUGCAGUGGUUUGAUUUCAUCACCAGUCCGAAUUUAAACUAUUCAUUAAAAAUUGUUAAUGGUAAUGGUCCUUAGAACGAAAAUCUGUUUUAAACUGACAAAAAUGUUAUGUCAUAAUGAGGAUUUGGUGAUGUACCACUCGUAAAGUUUGCCCCGCUCCGUUAGUUGCAUUCACGGACAGUCAUCUUAUUAUAAAGUUGGAAGU